AUUAAGCUGUGAAUGAACCUCCCAAACCCAGGAAUGUGAUAUGAGAACAUAGCCUUUGAAUUUCUGUCUCAAGUUUGACUUGAAAAAUCAACUUCAGAAACAUCUUUAUCUUAAGAUAGACUUUCAUUGCUCUCAGAACGUCUCUCCCCUGACCUUCUGUUAUUAAGUUCGUGGACAUAUAGCAUUAUAGAAUUAGGUGGGGGCUCCGAAGUCUGCGAGUGCAGCUGUGCACAGAUUUAAUCCAGAGACUGACUUCACUAUAGAACCCACAGUUGUAUCGAUGGUUGGGGAAAGAUAGUGGCGACAAGCAAAGGAGAAGCAGCUCUGACAUACAAAGAAAAUGAGUAUGCUAAAACCAAGCGGGCUUAAGGCCCCCACCAAGAUCCUGAAGCCUGGAAGCACAGCUCUGAAGACACCUACGGCUGUUGUAGCUCCAGUAGAAAAAACAAUAUCCAGUGAAAAAGCAUCCAGCACUCCAUCAUCGGAGACUCAGGAGGAAUUUGUGGAUGACUUUCGAGUUGGGGAGCGAGUUUGGGUGAAUGGAAAUAAGCCUGGAUUUAUCCAGUUUCUUGGAGAAACUCAGUUUGCACCAGGCCAGUGGGCUGGAAUUGUUUUAGAUGAACCCAUAGGCAAGAACGACGGUUCGGUGGCAGGAGUUCGCUAUUUCCAAUGUGAGCCUUUAAAGGGCAUAUUUACCCGACCUUCAAAGUUAACAAGGAAGGUACAAGCAGAAGAUGAAGCUAAUGGCCUGCAGAUGACGCCUGCCUCCCGAGCUACUUCACCGCUGUCCACUUCUACAGCCAGCAUGGUGUCUUCCUCUCCAGCCACCCCCUCAAACAUUCCCCAGAAACCAUCACAGCCAGCAGCAAAGGAACCUUCAGCUACGCCUCCGAUCAGCAACCUUACAAAAACUGCCAGCGAAUCUGUCUCCAACCUUUCAGAGGCUGGCUCAAUCAAGAAAGGAGAAAGAGAGCUCAAAAUUGGAGAUAGAGUAUUGGUUGGUGGCACUAAGGCUGGUGUAGUCCGGUUUCUUGGCGAGACAGACUUUGCCAAGGGGGAAUGGUGUGGUGUGGAGUUAGACGAGCCGCUUGGAAAGAAUGAUGGCGCUGUUGCUGGAACAAGGUAUUUUCAGUGUCAACCCAAAUAUGGCUUGUUUGCUCCUGUCCACAAAGUUACCAAGAUUGGCUUCCCUUCCACUACACCAGCCAAAGCCAAGGCCAACGCAGUGAGGCGAGUGAUGGCGACCACGUCCGCCAGCCUGAAGCGCAGCCCUUCUGCCUCUUCCCUCAGCUCCAUGAGCUCGGUGGCCUCCUCUGUGAGCAGCAGGCCCAGUCGGACAGGACUAUUGACUGAAACCUCCUCCCGUUAUGCCAGGAAGAUCUCCGGUACCACUGCCCUCCAGGAGGCCCUGAAGGAGAAGCAGCAGCACAUUGAGCAGCUGCUGGCGGAACGGGAUCUGGAGAGGGCGGAGGUGGCCAAGGCCACGAGCCACGUGGGGGAGAUAGAGCAGGAGCUAGCUCUGGCCCGGGACGGACAUGACCAGCAUGUCCUGGAAUUGGAAGCCAAAAUGGACCAGCUGCGAACAAUGGUGGAAGCUGCGGACAGGGAGAAGGUGGAGCUUCUUAACCAGCUUGAAGAGGAGAAAAGGAAGGUUGAGGACCUUCAGUUCCGGGUUGAAGAAGAAUCAAUUACCAAAGGUGAUCUUGAGCAAAAGAGCCAGAUUUCUGAAGAUCCUGAGAAUACGCAGACCAAACUGGAGCAUGCCCGCAUUAAGGAGCUUGAACAGAGCCUGCUCUUUGAAAAGACCAAAGCUGACAAACUCCAGAGGGAGUUAGAAGACACUAGGGUGGCUACAGUUUCAGAAAAGUCACGUAUAAUGGAAUUGGAGAAAGACCUAGCAUUGAGAGUACAGGAAGUAACUGAGCUCCGAAGAAGGCUAGAGUCCAAUAAGCCUGCUGGGGAUGUGGACAUGUCACUUUCCCUUUUGCAAGAGAUAAGCUCUUUGCAAGAAAAGUUAGAAGUCACCCGUACUGACCACCAGAGAGAAAUAACUUCUCUGAAGGAGCAUUUUGGAGCCCGGGAAGAAACUCAUCAGAAAGAGAUAAAAGCUCUGUAUACUGCCACGGAAAAGCUUUCCAAAGAGAACGAGUCAUUGAAAAGCAAGCUGGAGCAUGCCAACAAAGAGAACUCAGAUGUGAUAGCUCUAUGGAAGUCCAAACUGGAGACUGCCAUCGCGUCCCACCAGCAGGCGAUGGAAGAACUGAAGGUAUCUUUCAGCAAAGGGCUUGGGGCAGAGACGGCAGAAUUUGCUGAGCUAAAAACACAAAUAGAGAAAAUGAGACUAGAUUACCAACACGAAAUAGAACAUUUGCAGAAUCAACAAGACUCCGAACGGUCUGCUCAUGCUAAAGAGAUGGAAGCCUUGAGGGCUAAACUGAUGAAAGUUAUUAAAGAAAAGGAAAACAGUCUGGAAGCCAUCAAGUUGAAACUGGACAAAGCAGAAGACCAGCAUCUCGUAGAAAUGGAAGAUACAUUGAACAAAUUACAGGAAGCUGAAAUAAAGGUAAAGGAGCUAGAGGUACUACAAGCCAAAUGCAAUGAACAAACCAAGGUUAUUGAUAAUUUUACAUCACAGCUCAAGGCUACUGAAGAAAAGCUCUUGGAUCUUGAUGCACUUCGGAAAGCCAGUUCCGAAGGUAAAUCGGAAAUGGAGAAACUUAGACAGCAGCUUGAGGCAGCUGAGAAACAGAUUAAACAUUUAGAGAUUGAAAAGAAUGCUGAAAGUAGCAAGGCUAGUAGCAUUACCAGAGAGCUCCAGGGGAGAGAGCUAAAGCUUACUAACCUUCAGGAAAAUUUGAGUGAAGUCAGUCAAGUGAAAGACACUUUGGAAAAAGAACUUCAGAUUUUGAAAGAAAAGUUUGCUGAAGCUUCAGAGGAGGCAGUCUCUGUUCAGAGAAGUAUGCAAGAAACUGUAAAUAAGUUACACCAAAAGGAGGAACAGUUUAACAUGCUGUCUUCUGACUUGGAGAAGCUGAGAGAAAACUUAGCAGAGAUGGAGGCAAAAUUUAGAGAAAAAGAUGAGAGAGAAGAGCAGCUGAUAAAGGCGAAGGAAAAACUGGAAAAUGACAUUGCAGAAAUAAUGAAGAUGUCAGGAGAUAACUCUUCUCAGCUGACGAAAAUGAACGAUGAGUUACGUCUGAAAGAAAGAUAUGUAGAAGAAUUACAGCUAAAACUUACAAAGGCUAAUGAAAAUGCAAGUUUUCUGCAAAAAAGUAUUGAGGACAUGACUCUCAAAGCUGAACAGAGCCAGCAAGAAGUAGCUAAAAAGCAUGAGGAAGAAAAGAAAGAAUUGGAGAGGAAAUUGUCGGACCUGGAAAAGAAGAUGGAAACGAGCCACAACCAGUGUCAGGAGCUGAAAGCCGGGUAUGAGAAAGCCACUUCUGAGACAAAAACCAAGCAUGAAGAAAUCCUACAGAACCUCCGGAAGACGCUGCUGGACACAGAGGACAAGCUGAAGGGCGCACGGGAGGAGAACAGUGGCUUGUUGCAGGAGCUGGAGGAGCUGAGAAAGCAAGCCGACAAAGCCAAAGCUGCUCAAACAGCAGAAGAUGCCAUGCAGAUAAUGGAACAGAUGACCAAAGAGAAGACUGAGACUCUGGCCUCCUUGGAGGACACCAAGCAAACAAAUGCAAAACUACAGAAUGAAUUGGACACACUUAAAGAAAACAACUUGAAAAAUGUGGAAGAGCUGAACAAAUCAAAAGAACUCCUGACUGUGGAGAAUCAAAAAAUGGAAGAAUUUAGGAAAGAAAUAGAAACCCUAAAGCAGGCAGCAGCUCAGAAGUCCCAGCAGCUUUCAGCAUUGCAAGAAGAGAACGUUAAACUUGCUGAGGAGCUGGGGAGAAGCAGGGACGAAGUCACAAGUCAUCAAAAGCUGGAAGAAGAAAGAUCUGUGCUCAAUAAUCAGUUGUUAGAAAUGAAAAAAAGAGAAUCCAAGUUCAUAAAAGACGCAGAUGAAGAGAAAGCUUCCUUGCAGAAAUCCAUCAGCAUAACUAGUGCCUUACUCACAGAAAAGGAUGCCGAGCUGGAGAAACUGAGAAAUGAGGUCACAGUGCUCAGGGGAGAAAACGCCUCUGCCAAGUCCUUGCAUUCAGUUGUUCAGACUCUAGAGUCUGAUAAGGUGAAGCUUGAGCUCAAGGUAAAGAACUUGGAGCUUCAACUCAAAGAAAACAAGAGGCAGCUCAGCAGCUCCUCAGGUAAUACGGACACUCAGGCAGACGAGGAUGAAAGAGCCCAGGAGAGUCAGCAAAUGAUUGAUUUCCUAAAUUCAGUAAUAGUGGACCUUCAAAGGAAGAAUCAAGACCUCAAGAUGAAGGUGGAAAUGAUGUCAGAAGCAGCCCUGAAUGGGAACGGGGAUGACCUGAACAAUUAUGACAGCGAUGAUCAGGAGAAACAGUCCAAGAAGAAACCUCGCCUCUUCUGUGACAUUUGUGACUGCUUUGAUCUCCACGAUACAGAGGAUUGUCCUACCCAGGCACAGAUGUCAGAGGACCCUCCCCAUUCCACACACCAUGGCAGUCGGGGUGAGGAGCGCCCAUACUGUGAAAUCUGUGAGAUGUUUGGACACUGGGCCACCAACUGCAAUGACGACGAGACCUUCUGAUGAAGCCUCAAGUGGAGGACUCGGCUCUCUCAGAUGCACUCGCACUGACACAGCGUAACACCAGCAUUGUGUGUGCAGACUCCAAGAGAACUCAUGGUAUUUUUUACCCCAUCAGCAAAUCUAGGAAAAUAUUUUGAUCUUCAACAAAUUGCCCUUUAGUCUCCCCUUAUGAGUUAGAAGAAUAAAUAUUUAGUAGGUGAGUUUUCACCUCGAAUUUUGUUUUCUUGAUUUUUAAGUUUGAAGACAUUGCACCAGAUGCCAUUACAUUUAUUGUCCCCAGACCUCAUAGAAAAAUCCCUACCCUUACAAUACCUUAUUUAAGUAACUUUAAAUUAUGCCGUUACUUUUCAUAUUUGCACUAAAAUAUUUCCAGGCUGCAUUUGUAUAUUUAGAUUUUUUGGUUAAGCUUUGACACUGGAAUGAGUUGAAAAAAUGUGCCAUUUUGCAUUUUCAUCUACUCAUUUAAAGUAUUUUAUUCUUAUUCAAAGAAAUAUCUGAGCUCUUUGCACUACCUGUUAUCAGUAGUGCCUUUGUUUCAGGCUUGAUAAUACUUAGGUGUGAUUAUAAAAUCAUGAAGCAGGUAAAGGGAGGGGAAAGUCCCCAAACUGCUGUGGGGACAUUUGAUAAUCUAUAUGCUGCACCCACUUAAUCUACUGUGGUGUUUUGUUUAUUAGUUUUCCAUAAUUUCAGCUUCUAUAUAUUAUAUGUAUAUAUUUUUUAAAAAUCUAUAUUUUGGGGAAAAAACAUACACAAUGUGUCUUUCUUUUUGGAUAUUUACCUUUUUGAAAAAGAAAACACUUAAAAUGAUCAUUAGGACAUAACGGACUAGGCCAGACAUAGCAUCAUGCGGCUUUGCAGCAUUUUCAUUUGUUUGUUUUCCUUUUAUUUCUUAAACAGAUUUAAAUAACUGGAGGAAUUUUCUCCAAUUUUGUUUCCUUCUCUAGCAGGUAUCCCCAGCAGUCAGUUAACAAUAAGCCAGUAUAAAACACCUAAAUUAACCAGUCUACAAUCUUCCUUUACAAGUUUUUUUACUGUUUUUAGAUGAAUGUACGAUGAGAAAUUCAACAUUAACAAUUUUGGAUUUUCUUAUCACAAAAAAGAAAAUGAAGGACCUCAAAGCACCAGAACAGUUUAUCGACCAGUUUGAAUCUAUUUAUCUUCAUUUGAAUGUCUUCUAGAAUAUGUAAAAAGGAGUAAAAUGUAUCUUCCAUGCUACAUGUACAAUAAGAACUUCUAUAAUUGUAUAUAUGCCUUUGAUGUAUUUUCCCCUCAAGAUGAUCACCUGUGUGUUUGACAGUGAAUAUUAAAUCUGUUACCAUUUGAAAGUUUUGGUUAUAAAUGUAAUACAAAUUGUUUCACAAACAGAAAACGUGUAAAGCAGUAUUAAAAUUUGGCCAAAC